AUGACCGUUGUAUUUGUGGGCGUGCCACUGCUGGGACCGGCAGAGGCCAAUGAUGCCACGCAACCACGUCGUGGUGGGGAGACGUUCUUUCAGCAUAUUUCUGUGCCGGGGGAGGGGAGGUGGAGGGCGCAUGAGGGGGGGACGGCGUUUAAGCCGGUUGUUUUGGGUCAAUUUGAUGCCAAAUGGGCGGGGGGAUACGAGGGUUAUGCAUGCAGGUUGAUCCCCCGAUCUGAGGAUCCCGCGGUGAACUACUGCACGCCAUCCCCACGAGCUUUCCCCAACAGCUACCCCGCCUCACACAUCUCGCUCUCUGGGUUAAAACCCGUGAACCAGAAAUCAGUUAUCCAGCUAGCUGGCACGUUGUCUUACCCCCGUAAUGCCCCAGCAGCCGUCCCCACCCUACUGCCACUGUAA